AUGGAUCAUUCCCUGUCCCAGAACACUCCUCUGCACUGGGGGUACUCGGGGGGCAAUCCGGGCAACGCUUCUUGGCAGCCCGUGUCGAGGGGCAGCAAGAGGCCGCUCUCCGAGAGUGACUGUGAUGACGUUUACUCGGAGGAGUCCUCGAAAGAGCAAUGCACUUCUCCAGGUGACGCGGACAGUUGCCAAAUGUUAUCCAGGAAGAAACGGAGGGGUGUGAUCGAGAAGAAACGCAGAGACCGCAUAAAUAUGUCCUUGAGCGAGCUAAAACGUCUCGUGCCCAGUGCAUUCGAGAAACAAGGAUCAGCCAAAUUGGAAAAAGCCGAAAUUUUACAAAUGACCGUGGACCAUCUGAAAAUGCUCCACGCCAAAGGUUUGGACUCGUUCGCCUACGACCCCCACAAGUACGCAAUGGACUACCACGGAAUGGGCUUCAGAGAAUGCGUAGCAGAAGUAGUGAGAUACCUCGAGCGAAUCGAAGGCCUGGACGUUCAAAAUCCUCUACGAUUACGGUUGACUUCACACCUCCAAUGCUGCGCUGCCCAAAGAGAGUUAGCUUCAAAACAAGCGACAACCGCUCCAUGGGGUUACGGCAGUUCUCAACCCUACCCCCCUCUGAACACGCUGCCUCCCUCGCCAGCUUCGAAUCACGGACCGAUCGGCAACUUGAACCCUCAUCAACCCCCACCACCUCCAAUCCAUCACCAGAAUAUGCAUCACGAUCUGGGACAUUUCGACGUGUCUACUUCCUGCGCUCAAAGUACACCUCCAGUGCCUUCCACAGAUAGUAGUAGAUUAGCUCCUUCCACAUCUAUCUUGACCCCAUUGACCACCACGACUUCAUCGGCUUUGGCGUACAGUCCCCACCAAUACCCAGUGAACACGUUCAGUAUUCCAACCACGAGCCAUCACCAGAAUUACAGUCAAAGUAUUCCCACGUCGCAAGGGAUGAAACCUUACCGACCGUGGGGUGCGGAAGUCGCUUACUGA